AUGUCACAAUUCUGUACAAUGCCAACCGGAGAGAGGAAGAAGCGUGCAGCAGCUAUUUGCCGAGAGGUCCACGGUACCAAUGGGGACGUAAUGGAUCUCGGAAAGAAGCAUAGCACUCCUAAAGACAUUAUGUUGGAAGAGUUAUCAUUGCUUUCCAACAGAGGUUCCCGGCUUUUCAAAAUGCGCCAGAGGAGAUCUGAAAAAUAUACAUUUGAAAGUAUACAAAAUGAGGCAAACACACAGCUGAAUAAUAAUAUUUUAACUCAUACACACAAUGUGGAAAUUAAAGUGGACGCACCAGCCGAUGGAAAUACUGCUAAUCCAGAAAUCACUAUUACGGACAUGACUGCAGAGAAGGUAACAUCCACAGCUAUGCCCAAGUCCUACCACUCCCCCUGGGAUCAGGCAAUCCUCAGUAACCCCGACCUCGCCGAAACCCUCAAACUGACAACGUCAGGACCUGACCCACGACCAGAUCUUCCUGAGUACAAAAGCUUUAACCGGGUUGCCACUCCUUUUGGUGGCUUUGACAAAGCUCCCAGAGGAAUCACAUUCAAGCUCCCCGAGGUGGACCUGAACCCGCCCAGGUACCUAGAGCUGCAGGAUCCGGGAGACAAGCGACCCACCUUUAAUAGGACGGCCCAAGGGUGGAUAACUGAGGGCACCCAUCUGAUCCUACCCACUGUCACCCUGGAGCCCAUCAAAGUCCCCGAGUCUGAUGACCUGUAG